AUGGCGCGGCGACAACACCUCACAGUGAUACUCGCCCUCGCUGUCACUGUCUUCCUCACAUUCAUAUACCUCCUCUCUUCCGCCUCGACAGGAACCGGGCCGUUAGAAGGGGGACCAAGUGUAGGAAGCAAUGGCGACGAUGCAGCAAUGCCUAAUCUGGAUUUACCGUCUGGUGUCUUGGGCGGGGGUGCGAUAGCACCGAAACUGGAGAACGCAACAGCAAAAGCCGAACUCGGCCGCGCGUCUUGGAAACUCCUCCACACGAUGAUGGCGCGGUUCCCCGAGUCGCCGACAGCCGACGAGAGCCUGGCGCUCAAGACGUACGUGCAUCUCUUCGCGCGCCUGUACCCCUGCGGUGACUGCGCGCGCCACUUCCAGCAGCUGCUCGCCAAGUACCCGCCGCAGGCGAGCGGCCGCAACGCCGCCGCCGGCUGGGCGUGCUUCGUGCACAACGAGGUCAACAAGCGGCUGGGGAAGCCCGACUUUGACUGCAGCAAGAUCGGCGACUUCUACGACUGCGGCUGCGGGGAGGACGGGAAGGACGGGAAGGACGGGAAGGGGGCGAAGGGGACGCCUGCCGAUGGGGAGGAGGGGACGGGUCAAGAGGAGCUGAAGGGGAGGGAAAAGGUCAGUCUGGAGAAGGAGGGCCUGACAAGAGGAGUUGUCGCAGAUGGCAUUCAUGUCGAUAUGGACCGGUUGAAGAAGGGCGAGGUUAAUAUGGCAAUAACUUUCAAAGACGGUGUCAUUCUUGGCGCCGACUCCCGCACAACAACGGGCGCCUACAUCGCCAACCGAGUGACGGACAAGCUGACCAGAGUCCACGACACCAUCUGGUGCUGCCGCUCCGGCUCCGCCGCCGACACACAAGCCGUGGCCGACAUCGUGCAAUACCAGCUUGGCCUCUUCUCCAUGAUGAAUGGGAAGCCGCCGACGACACAGACCGCGGCCUCCAUCUUCCAGGAGCUCUGCUACUCCAACAAGGACCGACUGUCGGCCGGGCUCAUCAUCGCGGGCUGGGACGGGCGCCACGGCGGGCAGGUCUACAGCAUCCCGCUGGGCGGGUCGCUGCACAAGCAGCCGUACUCGAUCGGCGGGUCGGGCUCGACGUACAUCUACGGCUACUGCGACGCGAACUGGAGGGAGGGCAUGGAGGAGGCGGACGCGGUCAACUUCGUCAAGGGCGCGCUGAGGGAGGCCAUCAAGUGGGACGGCAGCUCCGGAGGCGUCAUCCGGAUGGUCGUCCUGACCGCCAAGGGCGCGGACCGGCACCUGUACCUGCCCGACACCGACUACGAGGUUCGCCACAUGUGA